ACUUUUUCAGUCUAAUCAGUAAAAAGACAAACAGAUGCGUACAGAUCCUUGACUUCAGAGGAUAGACACAGAAUUUAAGGUUACCGUCCUCAAUCAAAAAUUCAGAGGCUCAAUGUCUUGUUUUAAUGCAUUAAGUAAUAAUACUCUUGAUUCGAUGGAGCUGUUUUGAAACUUGUGCCUUUAGUUCAGUUUUGGAUUUUGGAGUAAUGUCCAUCCCAGGAAUAGGAGAAAUUACUUCCGACACUUCGUUUCUAACAAAAGUGGUGGAUGAAUACGUAGUUGGAUCGUCAUGGACUCAGGAAUAUUCAAAAAAUGAUGUUAAAAUAUGGUCUAAGUGCUCAGACAAUAACGGGAUCAAAGCUUUUAAAGCCUCUGCACUUUUCAAAGGUGUAUCUGGACCUGCAUUAUUUGAUUGUCUUAUGGACUCACAAUAUCGAAAGCAAUGGGACAAGGCUAUGAUUGAGGGUUAUGAACUGUGUCAAGUGAACAGCCAGAGUGAUAUAGGAUAUUAUUCUCUUCGUUCUCCACCUGGUUUACGGAACAGAGACUUCGUGCUACAGAGGACAUGGGCGAAAUUCGAAAAUGAAUAUGUGAUAGCAUCCCAUUCUGUGUUUCACAAAGGCCUCCCUGUAAGAAAACAAUUUAUCCGUGCAUUGUCCCAUAUAAAUGCAUAUAUUAUCCGCAUCCUUAGUCCAGAUUCCUGUGAAAUGACAUAUGUUACACAUUGUGAUCCUCGUGGUAAAAUACCAAUCUGGGUUAUCAAUAAGGCAACACAAUUUAUGGCUCCUAAAGCAAUCCAACUACUAUAUAAAGCAUGCAGUAAAUAUGAUGCCUGGAAACAAUCAAAUAAUCCAGAUCAGAAACCAUGGUUAUAUUCAAAUCAAAGUAUCCUGCCCAACCUAUGUUGGGAUGAUGUUGAACAGACAGCCAACCUAGGACCAGUUGAUGAUGAUGCCAGUGCUAGUAGUGGAGGUGAUGCCAGUGGUCAAUUAACACCGCUUGAUGAUGAACGUAGCGUCUUCGAACGAAAUGAUAGUUUCAAUGACUCUGAAGAAUUCCAGCCAAUGCCGGUGAUGGUGGUCGAUGACGACAAUCAUCAAAUGCAAUCAUGUGUUGUCCCCCAGUCCCAGACAACAACAACAACAGCUGCAGCAGCGCUGACAACUGUAUCAGAUUCCGGUUAAAAUAUUGUAAAAUAAGUAAAUAAAUAAAUAAAUAUACAUAUUGUUGUUCAAGAGACAAGAACAGCUGUCCUCCCCCCCCCCCCCUUGCCCCGGCCUGACGGGGAAUAAAUCAAUGUUAAUAUUUCCUUUUCCCUAGUUUUUCCCCUUGUGUUAAUUUUUUCUUCCCUGGUGUAUGAUUUUCUUCUUCCUGUGGUUGGACCACUAGCAGAUAAAAUGUGUUCUGUGUGAAGGAUGAUUGUCACUUUGUGAUUGCCAGGGGAGGGUGGGUCAACGACGCAGUGGCGUGGUGUGGGGUCCCAAAUUCAUUUAAUGUACACUAUUACUCCUACUACUACUACCAAUACUAUUCCCACAAUUGUUGUAUAGAAUUUCUUUGUGUAUUUUCCUUCGAUGAAUGGGUUAAGAAUACCUUGUUUCAUAAUGGUGAUAAUAAUAAUAAUAACAAUAAUGAUAAUCAGUAUUAUUGUUCAGUUAGAAAAUCUGAAAAUCUUUUAUUAUUAUUAUUGUUGUUUAUCCUUUAUAUAUUCCCUCUUUCUUUAUGUGUGUGUGUGUGAGUGGGUGGGUUUACGGGAAUCAUCUGUAUUGAAUGAAGUUCAGUUGCUGCUUGCGUGCGCGCACACACACCCGCACUCAUGGACACAAGCUUCUACAAACAAUAUCUAUGGAAAAAAAAGUUAUUUUUUUAAAAGUUUUCAUUUGAAUUAAAGUUCUUUUUUUGAAAGAAAGAAAAUAUUUUUUCCUUU